AUGCAAAAUAAUAUAUACAGCAUCUGUGAUAAGGAGGGCAACUGGGCAGAUAAGCCUGAUAUGAUUCAGAAAGCAUUCCUGGAGUACUACUUGCAGCUAUUGGGUACAACUAUGGAAAACAGGAAGUUAGUUGUGCAGGAGAUAAUUGACCUUGGGAACUGUGUUGAGAAUGAAGAUCAUGAAGGACUUAUAACUCCUAUUCUGCCUGAAGAAGUAAAACAAGCCAUGUUUUCUAUUCCAGGGGACAAGUCACCUGGUAGUGAUGGAUUUGGGUCCCAUUUUUUCAGAGAUAAUUGGGAGCUGACUGGAGACCAGGUAACUCAAGCUGUCACUUCUUUUUUCCAUAGUGGUACAAUUUUGAAAGAAAUUAAUGCCACAGUUUUAGCCCUUAUUCCCAAAUGUAAGGUGCCAAAUUCUGUUGUUGAUUUUCGUCCCAUUGCUUGUUGCAAUGUGAUAUACAAGGUUAUUUCAAAAGUCCUCUGUAUGAGUUUGAGCCCUAUCCUUCCUAAGAUUGUUGCUGACAAUCAAGGAGCCUUCAUUCAAGGAAGGAACAUAGUGAAUAACAUAAUGAUAUGCCAGUAUCUCUUGAAAGGGUAUGGUAGAAAAGGUUGCAGACCUAACUGUUUGAUAAAAAUGGAUAUGAGGAAGGCCUAUGAUACUAUUGAAUGGAAUUUUGUGAGAGAAAUGAUGACUAGUUUAAAAUUUCCUCAGAAGUUCAUUGAUUGGGGAGAAUUUGUUUCUACCUAUAUGCUUAUGCAAUGGUUCAAGCUAUUCUCAGACGCAUCUGGACUUUGUGUAAAUAAGAACAAAACUGCAGUGUACACAGCAGGUAUGGAGGAGGAGGAGGUUAAAAGAAUUCUUGAUGUUUCUGGGUUUGUUCAGGGUCAGCUUCCUUUCACUUAUCUAGGCAUGCAUAUUUGUUCAUCAAGAAUUAGUAAUGCAGCUUGCAAUGCUCUCUGUGAUAAAAUGAUAAGCAGAAUUAAAAUAUGGAGCUCUAGGCAUCUCUCCUAUGCUGCUAGAGUCCAAUUAAGUGGAGAAUAUUAUAGUACUAAGCCUGGAAAUGUGGACUGGAACACUACUUGCUUACCUAAAAGAGCUGGAGGCCUGGAUUUUCGAAGAAUAGAGAAAUGGAACCAAGCUGCUCUUGGAAAAUUGAUAUGGGCUAUUGCAAAGAAAGAAGAUACUCUUUGGAUUAGGUGGGUCAAUGGUGUGUAUGUGCAGAAUGCAGAUUGGUGGACCUACAAGGCCCCAAGUAACGCCAGUUGGUACUGGAAAUGCAUAUGUGAUGUCAAAGAUAAAAUCAAGGCUAGUAUAGACAUUCCAGUAUUCAUGCAAAUUCAAAGAUAUCAGAUCAGCAAGAUAUAUAAGCUUCUGGUGGGUGAACAUCCUAGAUGUUUCUGGGAUAAGCUAGUGUGGUGUAGAUUAGCAAUCCCUAAGCAUAACUUGAUCUGUUGGCUUGCUGUUAGGAUGAGAAUUUAUACUAAAGAUAGAUUGAAACAGUGGAGGAUUAUUGAUGAUGAUGAGUGUUCAAUCUGUCAGACACAGGUUGAAACUCAUAACCACUUACUAUUUCAGUGUGAAUUCAGUACCAGACUGAUGCAGCUAGUUCUGAGUUGGCUUAAACUCAAAUGGGUGGACAGAACUCGGAUUAUAUGGUACAAGAUGAUAGGAAGAAGGAAAUGCUCUGGUUUUCAGAGGAAAGUCUACACUGCUACUCUUAAUGCUACUGUGUACGCAAUCUGGCAUACUCGAAAUGAUGCUGUUUGGAAUGCUAAAGUUAACAAUCCAAGGCAUGUGUAUGACAAAAUCAGAAGAGAUGUAAUCUGUAGAAUUAAAGCUUAUAGUUUUACUAAGAUAAAUAGUAAAGAUAGUGUGUGGUGGGAAAGUUUAUGUAGUAGUGUGUAA